AUGGCGGACUUCAACCUGAUUCUCGCUCAUCUGGAUUUGAUAUUAUUUGAAGUCCGCGGCCUUCUCGACCCUGAAUUGUUUGACAUUGUUGGCACUGUCGAAGGUGAUGGCAUUCAUGGAGGAUUACUAGGAGCAUCUUCCGCCUCGCUGCAAAAAAAUAUUUUCAUCACAUAUUCUAGAUGUGAUAUUUCAAAAGAAUUAUGUCUUGAAAAACUCCUUGAUAAAUUCACCAAUAAUCAACCUUCAUACGUGAGAGUAUCCUCAGAGAUGCAUGAAGACGGUACUUCACACCUACAGGUACUCGUCCAAUUUGUAGACAAGUUCCAAACAAGAGAUGAUAGAGUAUUCGAUUUAGUAUGCCAACAAAGAUCUCAAGUAUAUCAUCCAAAUAUACAAGCUGCAAGAGAUGCAAGAGCUAUACGGGAUUACAUUUCCAAAUAUGGAGUUUUUUGUGAAUGGGGAACAUUCAAAUCACAUGAGUGCUAUACGGAGGCAUUAGAACAACAGACAAUUGAAGAUUUCAUGAACACAAUCAAACAAGGAGAUUCAAAAUCCUACUGCAUCUAUUAUGACAGGAUUAAGUGUAAUGCCGAGAAGUUAUACUCUACACCAACCCAAGAAUAUACAAGUCCAUUUCCAUUAGUCAAUAAUUAG